UACGUGUGCGUGUGCUGCUGAUGCUGUGUCAUGCAUGCUGUGCUUGUGGCUGGUGCUGUGUAGACAAAUUAUACAUUAGCGCCACGACGUGCCGUGCUUCGUUUGGAGAACAAUUAACGCGGUGUUUCCGUUGCAGUGUAAGAGCAGUGGGACGACCGUGCAUAUAUAAUAUAAUAUUAUUCUCGCGAAGUGUGCUGUUCUUAACUUCACGAUUAAGUCUACGUUUUACUCCUUCGACGACACGCUUAAUAAUAUAAUCAAUUAUAAUAGUAGGCCUAUUCUCGGAAAGCGUGUUGUUGUGAAAUUCACGAGCAAGUCUACGUUGACAUUGUCUUCCUUCCUCACAUGCAUUGUAUUAUCAUCAUAUUCCCGCGUUAUUAUUAGUGUGUGCUGUUCUAAAAUUCACGACCAAGUAUAGCCUACGUGGUUUCCUUUCAGGGGAAUUCACGGAUGUUGACAUUCUCACACUCACGCACGUUCUUCCCGGCCUUGUGACGUGUAGGUUUAUACAUAGAUCUAGAUCUAUAUAGCUGUGUGGAGAGAACGAUACAUACAUUUUAUGGGAAUAGAAUUCAUGGAUAUUAUUACGUGUGUGCAGUGUGCAGUGUAUAGCAGCUUCUGGGGGCGUGGGUCAAACAAAUAGAUGGAAGACAUUUUUUUGUUUACAGUUUAAAUAAAGUGUGAACUUUGUGGAACGAAUGGUGAGAUGAUGUCUCAAUCGCUGACAUAAUAUCUAACUAGACAGUGACCAUGGUUGUAAGAACGGGCUACUCAGUUCGCAGUAUUAUCUGAUGCAUCAGCAUGAACUGACUAAAUAGACAAGGAAUAUUUCACUUCUCAAGAGAUUUGUUAAACUGUGUUCUGUGAACUGUCGAGGACUCUACAAAGGAUAUUUGUGAUACAGGCGGCAUUCAUAUAGUCAGAAAGUUGUUGAUGCUCUCAGCGUAGAAACUCCAAACAGAGCAAAACAGCAGAGAAAACCCCAGACAAGGCAAAAAAGGAAACUACUCCAUUCGCUCAAAAACAAACCCAAACACCCUCUCCCCCGAAAAAGACAACCUCCACCCCUUAAAAAGCCUCCCCCACCACAACCCCCCAACCCCAGAACAACCCCCACCCCGGAAAAAAACCAAGAAAAAACAAAACCUUUCAUUCCAUCCUCAAUUCCUCUCGCCGUCCACCAUGGACGUGGCCAAAGUCGCCAAGGACUACUUCCUGAGUUCUCAGAGCAGUCUGCUUAUUCCCAACAGGGAGUACGGGAGCCGAAAGCUGAUUCACGUGGGCAUCACGCGCUCAUCCAGCCUCGGUGGCAUCAAGCCUGACGACUCACUCUCAGCCGACGACAGCCCAGAGUUCGCUGCGCAGCAAGGAGGAGGAGGAGGAGGAGGAGUAGGAGGAGGAGCAGGUGUUGUGAGUCCGACCCGACCCUCUGGCCUCAAGGGACUGCUCGUUGGGGGCGCGGAGCAAGCCAGGAACCUCAGUCUCAAGCUGAAGAAUCAGGCCAUGAGAUCAGGUAGCAAGCAAUGGCUCCACCCGCCAGAGGCGCUUCUGAGGGGCCACAUAUUGUACACAGUGAAGUUUCUCGGAGAAUGCACUGUGGAACAGCCCAAAGGCACAGAAGUUGUCAAGGACGCAAUUCGGAAGAUGAAGUUCAGCAAACAUAUCAAAAGGGCGGAGGGUCAGAAACCGCCAAAAGUUGAUCUGACCGUCUCGGCGGAAGCCGUCAAGGUUCUGGAUCCAAAGUCAAGAGCAAUACUGCAUCAGUAUCCGCUGCACAGAAUCUCUUACUGUGCAGAUGACAAGUCGGACAAAAGAAUGUUCACCUUUAUCGCCAAAGCAGCAACCUCUAAUGAUCACUAUUGCUAUGUAUUUGACAGCGAGAAAUGUGCUGAAGAAAUCACAUUGACCAUUGGUCAAGCUUUUGAUUUGGCCUACAAACAGUUUUUAGAGGCAUCGACAACGGAUUCCGACAUCAGAAAACAGUGUUUAUUGCUGCAGAAAAAGGUUCAGACGCUGCAGUUUGAGAACGAUGAACUGAAGAAAAGAGUUGUACAACUUGAGCAGAUGAAGGACAGAUCGGACGUGGAGAGCUACAUGAAGAACAACCAGAUUAAUGACCUCUCUUCUGUGAGCUUGACCCUUAGAGAAAGUUCUACAGAGGACGAUGAUGCUGUGUAUUCCACGCCUGAGCACCAGCAGAGAACAUCGGUGGUGGGCCGGCGACUUGAGAACUUGAUGCUAGGUGAUGUGGCAGCCAGCAGCCCCGCCCCCGCCACGCCCCCACAGCAGACCAAUGGCAAAUACCACGGUGCUGAGACAACCGGGGCGGUGCCUGCCAUGCCUCUAUUGAGCCCACCACCUUCCAGCUCCCGCCAGACUCGUGCCAGUUCGUCCCGUGGAGCCAACAGCAGUGGCAGCAGCGCCAUGUUUGCUCAGAGCCCUAAUAACCCUUUUGCGGCCAGCCCACAAGCAGCACCCAGCCCUGGCCAAGUGGACCCGUUUGGCAUGCAGGCUUUCAACCCUGGGGAGUCAGGCUCCGAGAAUGAACUUUGGGACAUACGGGCGGGAUUCAGCAGAGGACUUUCUUUUGGGGCAGACGAUUUCAGUCUGGAUGACCUUGACCCACUGAAUCAGAGGCUGUAGAUGGAGGUGAAGGUCAUGCUGUGAUUGAGACACCUGUAACUACUCAAGGACACAGUCAAUACUCAAUGCCUGUCAACGUAUUCUACCCAACUUUCCUCCUUUCACGAUCCGUCAGAAGGACAAGCUACAUCUAUCUAGUCACAGAGGAGCAGUAACAUUCCAGCGACAAAACGAGAAUUUGCUGAGAACUGUGGCUUUCGACAGAUUGACUGACUGAAUAUUGUGCGUUUGUGUUGUCUUGCCUCUGCUAUUUCUCCUUUCUCCUGAGUCUGAUUUGUCCACAGGUCUCACAACUAUGUGUAAGAGACCGAGGGUAGAGUCUUUUGUGUUUCAGACCCCUUACACACUGGUGUGAAGCCUAGGUUAUGAUUGAAGUGUGUGCCAGUGGGUUUGGAGAGGGAUGGAGGGGGUUACACUUCUUGGGGCAGGAUAGGAUAUAUGAACCAUGGUUCGUUAAUGGAGAAUUGAACAUUACUUUACACUUUGUGUAAGAGAUGAAUCAAGGUAAAUUUGAACGGUAGUAUUGAAUGUUACAUUACACUUUGUGUAAAAAAUGAAUCAAGUUUUGUUAACAUGGAACUGAAUGUAACAUUACACUUUGUGUAAGAGAUGAAGAAAGGUAAAUUUUAAUUAUAGUAAUCAAUGUUACAUUACACUUCGUAUAAAAGAUAAAUCAAGGUUAAUUAUUUAAUGUAGAAUUUAAUAUUGCAUUAUACUUUGUGUAAGAGAUAAAUCAGUUAUUUUAAAUGUAGAAUUGAAUGUCACAUUAUAUUUUGAGUCAGAGAUGAAUUAAGGUUCAUUAAUGAAAAAAAAAAAAUGUUAUGUUGCACUUUGUGAAGGAGAUGAGCCGAAGUUAGUUAACCCAGUCAUUGCUCUGUCCCCGUCAUUUUAUGCAAGAAAAAUUCUGAAAUUAUGCAAACUGAGCCCGAAAAAGUGAAAUUAUGCGAUUCUGUUAAUUUUAACAAAGAAAGAAAAAUAAUCAGAAAUUAUGCGAAAAAUUAUCAAAUUUUGCUAAAUUAUGCUGGGUGCAUAAAACCACAGAGACAGAUUGCUUUUGCAUCCCGAUGGGACGUUGCUACCUCUGUACUAAUUCGACAUGAAUAAGCUUGAUUAUGACAGCCUGCAGCUUUGUGUGGUGAGCGUCUGAGCCGCAGCUAGAUCUAGUAAGGAUUGGGUUGAUGUAGAACUGAAUUUCGAUAACUUUACUUUUUUGUCUUCUCCUCUGCGUUUGGAAAUCCUUUUCAUUUCCGUGUCCUGUAAGUUUAUUUUCUGUGCACAAUUGUUGUGUGUGUGUGUUUGUGUCUGCGCGCGCGGGCGUGUGUGUGUGUAUGUGUGUGUGUGUGUGUGUGUGUGUGCGCGUGUGUGUAUUUGUGUGUGUGUGAGUAUGUGCAUGCAUGCUUGCUUGCUGCACCUCACACAGGUCACAAGGGGUCGUUCACCUGUAUGCACAAAUUGUUAAGUAGGUAAUAACGUAAUGUAUUAUAUUUUGUUCCUCCCCUCACAUGGGUCAGACAGAUUUCUGUAGAGAUGCAGUGUACAAUAAUGACUUGUUACAUUCACGUAAAGAGCGCCUCAACCCCUUAUAAAUAUCUCUUUCUCUUUCUCACUCUUGCCCCUUUUCCUCCUUCUGGCCAUCUAUCUCUCUCUCACCCUCUUUCUAUCUCCCACGCUUUGUCUCUUUCUACUAGAGCAAUAGAUACUACUGAGUUUUACUGUGUUUUUUUUCCUUGCCAUAUAUUGUCCCCCCCUCCCCGCCUCCCUCUCCCUCAUGCAGAAAAUGUUAUUAUACCAUAAUAUGUGAUCGUACUUUUAGCUAGCUUUGAUUGGUGGAAAUAAAGACAGUAAGGUUUUAAAAAAUUGUUUGUCUUUCUUGAGCCAGUGCAUUGGCUUAAUAAUAUGUCCAGCAAUUAGGACUUUGUGUAAUAAAAAUAAAAUAUGUUGAAAAAAGAGUU